ACCAUGAUCUCCUCCGGUUUUCGUCCAUGCUCUCUCCUCGUGGCAGCAACCCUGACACUGCUCAUCAUCCAAGCGCAGGGCAUCACCAGGCACUACCAUUUCAACGUGCAGAUGGCGAACGUGACGAGGCUGUGCGGCACCAAGAGCAUCGUGACGGUGAACGGGCGGUUCCCGGGGCCGGAGAUCGUCGCCAGGGAAGGCGACCGCCUCCACGUACGCGUCACCAACCACGUCGCACACAACAUGACAAUUCACUGGCACGGGAUCCGGCAGCUGCGGACGGGCUGGGCCGAUGGGCCGGCGUACAUCACGCAGUGCCCGAUCCAGACGGGCCAGACGUACGUGUACCGGUUCACCGUCACCGGGCAGCGCGGCACGCUGUGGUGGCACGCGCACAUCUCCUGGUUCCGCUCCACCGUCUACGGUGCCAUCAUCAUCCUCCCCAAGCGCGGUGUCCCUUACCCCUUCCCGGCGCCGCACAAGGAGGUCCCAGUCAUCUUCGGUGAGUGGUGGAGGGCCGACACGGAGGAGGUGAUGAGCCAGGCGCUGAAGGUUGGCGGACCGCCGAAUAUCUCCGACGCAUACACCAUCAACGGCCUUCCCGGGCCGCUCUACAGCUGCUCCGUCAAAGACACGUUCAAGCUGAAGGUGGCGCCAGGGAAGAUGUACCUGCUGCGCCUCGUCAACGCCGCGCUCAACGACGAGCUCUUCUUCUCCGUCGCCAACCACACCCUGACCAUCGUCGAGGUUGACGCCGUCUACGUCAAGCCCCUCACCGUCGACACACUGGUCAUCUCCUCGGGCCAGACCACCAACGUCCUCCUCACCACCAAGCUGUUAUACCCCAACGCCAGCUUCUACAUGUCCGCCACAGGAUACUCCGUCGACCGUCCCCCCGCCUACUUCGACAACACCACCGUCAGUGGCAUCCUCGAGUACCGCAACCCGUCCACAUCAAGCUUCCGCAAGGAGCUGCCGAUCUUCAGCCCGACACUGCCUCCCUUCAACGACACCAAAUUCGUCGUCAGCUUCAUAACCAAGCUCUGUAGUCUCAACACGCUGGAGUACCCGGCGGCCGUGCCGCGGUCAGUGGACAAGCGGUUCUUCUUCACGAUCAGCCUUGGCACACUCCCGUGUCCCGAGAACGCGACGUGCCAGGGCUUCCACGGCGGGCAGUACGCGGCAGCCGUGAACAACGUCUCGUUCAUUCUCCCUUCCAAGGCGCUCCUGCAAUCGCACUUCACCGACCAGUCCACAGGCGUCUACCAGCCAGACUUCCCGGCCAUGCCACUCUUGCCGUUCAACUACACGGGGACACCACCGAACAACAGCAACCUGGGUACGGGGACCAGGCUGCUCGUGCUGCCCUACAACACCUCGGUGGAGCUGGUGAUGCAGGACACCAGCAUCGUCGGGUUCGAGAGCCACCCCCUGCACCUUCACGGCUACAACUUCUUUGUGGUCGGGCAAGGGUUCGGCAACUACGACCCGACCACCGAUCCGGCCAAGUUCAAUCUCGUCGACCCCGUCGAGCGGAACACCGUCAGCGUGCCUCCCGGCGGCUGGGUGGCUAUUCGCUUCCUUGCUGAUAAUCCAGGUGUAUGGUUCAUGCAUUGCCAUUUCGCGGUGCAUACGGCGUGGGGGCUGAAAAUGGCUUGGCUAGUGCAGGAUGGUAGCAAUCCCAAUGAGAAACUGCUCCCACCGCCAUCUGAUAUGCCCAAAUGCUAG